AUGGAGUUCACAGAGUUUGACAAGGACUGCUUUAGAAUGCAGAUCCUGCCAAGAAGGAGACGGCUGCUGACCACACGACUCAACGCUCUGUCCUUUGAUCCAUCAGCCAACAACGACCCUCUCCAGUUCAGCGGCUCCAGUGGGCCGCUGGUGACGGAGUGUCCUCCUCUGGAAAACACUGCUGAGAAUAGCAAGAAGAGGAAGAGAGCCAACCUGCCUCCAGGUCUGUACCAGCAGCCAAGACAAACGCAGACUUUCAUCAUACAGAGCACCGCUGACAUUAAGCGGUUGGUCAAUCUCUCCUCUUCCUCAUCUUCCUCACCCUCGGCUGGCCCUGGUCACGUCCACGGCCAGCCCCAGACCCCCGGCCUCGCAGAGAAAAACGGCUUUGCCGGCCGCAUUCACCACCUACCAGACCUUAUCCAGCAGAGCCAUCACUCCCCUUCCUCCACCACAACCAUCCCUUCCUCCCCCUCCUCCUCUCCCUCCUUCCCCUCAUCAUCGAGCUAUGCCAGUCCUGCCAUGUCCCCACAGACCCCCCUGGACACGCUCACUGCCAUAGAGUCCCAGUCAGAAAGCAACUCCAUGUCCAAACACAAGUCUUCCUCUUCCUUCACUCCGUUCAUCGACCCUCGUCUUCUCCAGAUCUCUCCAUCCAGCGGCAGCUCCCUCAACAACAUUGCAGCAUUUGGGCCCGAUGGACGCCUGGCAGACCCGCUGAAGGCCGACCCGUCCCGUAAAGGCUCCGUUGUCAACGUCAACCCGGUCAACACGCGCCCGCCCAGCGACACGCCGGAGAUCCGCAAGUACAAGAAGAGGUUCAACUCUGAGAUCCUGUGUGCUGCUCUCUGGGGAGUGAACCUGCUGGUGGGGACAGAGAGCGGUCUGAUGCUGCUGGACCGGAGCGGACAGGGGAAGGUCUACCCUCUGAUCAACAGGAGACGCAUCCAGCAGAUGGACGUCCUGGAGGGACUCAAUGUCCUGGUCACUAUAUCAGGUACAGUGCAUGUGCUGUCUGAACACUAA